ACGUGCACACGAGACGGCGCGCGUCCAGAACGGUUUUCUGCGCGCUCCUUCCCUGAGCGUCAGUCGGCCGCUGAGAGAGGACGCCUCAGCUCGGCACACCGUGUCUCUCUGGUCAGAUAUCAGAGUUUCGAAGUUGUGAGACCGAUUUCGGCCACUCUUGAAAAAAGGCCGAGAGCACUGUUAGGUAGUUAAAACGUGUGCAAAAGACAGAGCGUGUUCAAACCGACCAUCUGAGUAUCAGACGAUAUUUCGACAGUUCGCCUCGGCACACAGUCCUUCUCUGGCCAGCCAGGGAUAUCCCAGCUUCAAGUUGUGCGACGCAAGUCGGCCACUUUUCCGACGAACAGGCCCUAGAGUUCGACGUGCAACAUGAAGGUCGCCCUAGGGCUCGUCAGCGCCAUUCUUGCGGCUAAUUUGUACUUAGCUGCCUCUCAGAUCCCACCUCCCCUAGCCACCACAUGCCCUUAUCCAGUAGACUUAGUCUUCCUUGUAGACAGCUCGGAGAGUUUCAGGACAAGCGGUUUCGAGGAAGCAAAGACGUUUGUCCAGAAUGUAGUCAACUAUUUUACUCUCGGAGAAAACGACACAAGGGUUGGUGUUGUGACGUACAGCAACAUCGACGCUCAGAUCACUCGCAUCAGGCUCAACGAAAAUUACACCAGAGUUGAGCUCUUAACUGAGAUCCGCGACAUUCCCUACGACAGAGGCCAUACCUUCACUGGACUUGGUCUCGACCACGUACGCAACAAUUCCUUCCUCACAGUAAACGGCCGGCGGAGUAACACUCUUGACUUUUUGAUCGUACUGACGGACGAUGAAUCUGAGGACGACAUCAGCGGCCCGGCACAGCUCGUACGCGACAUGGGCAUCACCGUGUUUGUGGUGGGCGUUGGCGAGGAAAGCGACAUUCAUCAAGCAACACUAGAGACUAUUGCUGGUGAUCCUCGUAGGGUGUUCAGAUUGGAGGACCACGAUUUCCUUGUGGACGACUCGCACCCCAGAACUAUAAGGGAGGCGAUCUGUAACGCGACCCAAUGUCCAACUCUUACGGCCCCAACUAACGGAGCGCUCAGUACCACAGCGACCUCCUACCUGACCGUGGUCACCUUCACCUGUAACCCGGGAUACGUACUGACCGGCGCUGUCAACGCGACGUGCCAAGCUGACAUAACAUGGAGUAACCCUGUUCCAACAUGUCCACCGGUACAAUGCGCGGCUCGGGCGGCCCCAGCUAACGGAGCGGUGACUCCUACCGGAGCGGUCUCCUACCCGAACGGGGUCACCUUCACCUGUAACUCGGGAUACACACUGAGCGGCCAAGCUACUCCGACGUGCCAAUCUGACACAACGUGGAGUCAUCCUGUUCCAACAUGCCAAGCGGUACAAUGUCCGGCUCUGACGGCCCCAGCUAACGGAGCGGUGAGUCCUACCGGAGCGGUCUCCUACCCGAACUCGGUCACCUUCACCUGUAACUCGGGAUACACACUGACCGGUGCUACUGGUUCGACGUGCCAAGCUGACGGAACGUGGAGUAGUCCUGUCCACACAUGCACAGCGGUCCAAUGUCCGGCUCGGGCGGCCCCAGCUAACGGUCCAGUGCACUGCUCUGACGGCCCCAGCUAA